AUGCCACGCAGUCCCACCUCCAGCGAGGACGAGAUGGCCCAGAGCUUCUCCGACUACUCCGUGGGGUCCGAGUCGGACAGCUCCAAGGAGGAGACCAUCUACGACACCAUCCGGGCCACCGCGGUGAAGCCCCGCAGCGUCGCCACGGAGGAGGACCAGGGCCACUCGCUGGUCAUCCGCAUCCUCAUCCAGGACCUGCAGCAGACGAAGUGUAUUCGCUUUAACCCCGACGCCACGGUGUGGGCCGCAAAGCAGCGCGUCUUGUGCUCGCUGAACCAGAGCCUGAAGGACGUGCUGAACUACGGGCUGUUCCAGCCGGCGAGCAACGGGCGCGUGGGCAAGUUCCUGGACGAGGAGCGGCUGCUGCGGGAGUACCCCCAGCCCGCGGGCGCGGGCGUCCCCUCCCUGGAGUUUCGAUACAAGAAGCGGGUGUAUAAACAAUCCAAUCUGGACGAGAAGCAGCUGGCCAAGCUACACACCAAGACCAACCUGAAGAAGUGCAUGGACUACAUCCAGCACCGCUCGGUGGAGAAGAUCGUGAAGAUGCUGGACCGCGGCCUGGACCCGAACUUCCAUGACCUGGACACUGGAGAGACGCCCCUGACCUUGGCGGCGCAGCUGGACGGCGCGGUGGAGGUGAUCAAGGCCCUCAGAAACGGCGGGGCCCACCUGGACUUCCGGGCCAGAGACGGGCUGACCGCCCUGCACAAGGCCGCCCGCGCCCGCAACCAGGCCGCCCUGAAGACCCUGCUGGAGCUGGGCGCGUCCCCGGACUACAAGGACAGCUGCGGCCUCACGCCGCUGUACCACACGGCGGUCGUGGGGGGCGACCCCUCCUGCUGCGAGCUGCUCCUGCACGAGCACGCGGCCGUGUGCUGCAGGGACGACAACGGCUGGCAGGAGAUCCACCAGGCCUGCAGGUACGGACACGUGCAGCACCUGGAGCACCUGCUGUUCUACGGGGCCGACAUGGGGGCCCAGAACGCCUCGGGGAACACCGCCCUGCACAUCUGCGCCCUCUACAACCAGGACAGCUGUGCCCGCGUGCUGCUGUUCCGGGGCGGCAACAAGGAGCUGAAGAACUACAACAGCCAGACCCCGUUUCAGGUGGCGGUCAUUGCGGGCAACUUCGAGCUGGCAGAAUACAUCAAGAGCCACAAGGAGACCGACAUCGUGCCCUUCCGAGAGGCCCCGGCGUACUCCAACCGCAGGCGGCGGCCCCCCAACACGCUGGCCGCCCCCCGGGUCCUGCUGCGCUCCAACAGCGACAACAACCUCAACUCCAGCGCGCCCGACUGGGCCGUGUGCGCCGCCUCCCACCGCAGCCUGUCCCCGCAGCUGCUGCAGCAGGUGCCCGGCACGGCCGACGGCGCCCUGAGGACCAUCGGCAGCUACAUCCCCGGGCCCCGCAGCCGGUCCCCGUCGCUCAACAGGCUCGGAGGUGCCGGCGAUGACGGCAGGAGGCCCCAGCAGCCCUGGCACGUGGGGCCGGCCUUCCCCUCUGGUGCCAACAAGGACGCGCGCUCUGCCUUCGAGCACCCGGGGCCCAAGCGGAAGCUGUACAGUGCGGUUCCGGGGAGGCUCUUCGUCGUCGUCAAGCCAUACCAACCCCAGGUCGACGGCGAGAUCCCCCUGCACCGCGGCGACAGGGUCAAAGUCCUGAGCAUCGGCGAAGGGGGCUUCUGGGAAGGCAGCGCCCGUGGCCACAUCGGGUGGUUCCCGGCCGAGUGCGUGGAGGAAGUCCAGAGCCAGCCCAAGGACAGCCAGGCAGAUGCGCGAGCGGACCGCAGCAGGAAGCUCUUCCGGCACUACACGGUGGGCUCCUACGACAGCCUGGACGCCGCCAGUGACUGCAUCAUCGAGGAGAAGACCGUGGUGCUGCACAAGAAGGACAAUGAGGGAUUUGGGUUUGUCCUGCGAGGGGCCAAAGCGGAUACGCCCAUCGAGGAGUUCACCCCAACGCCGGCCUUCCCGGCCCUGCAGUACCUGGAGUCGGUGGAUGAAGGCGGGGUGGCCUGGCAAGCCGGACUGAGGACCGGGGACUUCUUGAUCGAGGUGAACGACGAGAACGUGGUGAAGGUCGGCCACCGGCAGGUGGUGAACAUGAUCCGCCAGGGAGGGAACCACCUCGUCCUCAAGGUGGUCACGGUCACCAGGAGUCUCGACCCCGAUGACACCGCCAGGAAGAAAGCGCCCCCGCCUCCCAAGCGCGCUCCCACCACGGCCCUCACGCUGCGCUCCAAGUCCAUGACCUCAGAGCUGGAGGAGCUCGUGGAUAAAGCCUCCGUGCGGAAGAAGAAGGAUAAACCCGAUGAGAUAGUCCCCGCCUCCAAGCCAUCUCGAGCCGUGGAGAACGUGUCCGUGGAGUCCAGGGUGGCCACCAUCAAGCAGCGUCCCACCAGCCGGUGCUUCCCACCUGUCUCGGACAUGAACUCCGUGUACGAACGCCAGGGGAUCGCUGUGCUGACACCCACUGUCCCAGGGAGCCCGAAGGGCCCGUUUCUGGGCCUCCCUCGAGGUACGAUGCGAAGGCAGAAAUCAAUAGACAGCAGAAUCUUUCUAUCAGGAAUAACGGAGGAGGAGCGGCAGUUCCUGGCCCCUCCGAUGCUGAAGUUCACCAGAAGCCUGUCCAUGCCGGACACGUCCGAGGACAUCCCCCCCCCACCGCAGUCCGUGCCCCCCUCCCCGCCACCGCCCUCCCCCACCACCUACAACUGUCCCAAGUCCCCGACGCCCAGGGUCUACGGGACCAUAAAGCCUGCGUUCAGUCAGAACCCCGCCGCCAAGGUGUCGCCGGCCGUGCGCUCGGACACGGUGGCCACCAUGAUGAGGGAGAAGGGGAUGUACUACCGCCGAGAGCUGGACCGCUACUCGCUGGACUCCGACGACCUCUACAGCUGUGCCCCCGCCGCCCCGGCCAACCUCCGCGGCAGGCGGGGCCAGAUGCCGGAGAACCCGUACUCGGAGGUGGGGAAGAUGGCCAGCAAGGCCGUGUACGUGCCCGCCAAGCCCGCCCGGCGGAAGGGCAUGCUGGUGAAGCAGUCCAACGUGGAGGAUAGCCCCGAGAAGACGUGCUCCAUCCCCAUCCCCACCAUCAUCGUCAAGGAGCCGUCCACCAGCAGCAGCGGGAAGAGCAGCCAGGGCAGCAGCGUGGAGAUCGACCCCCAGGCCCCCGAGCAGCCGGGCCAGCUGCGGCCGGACGACAGCCUGACCAGCAGCAGCCCCUUCGCCGCCGCCAUCGCCGGGGCCGUGCGCGACCGGGAGAAGCGGCUGGAAGCCAGGAGGAACUCGCCCGCCUUCCUCUCCACGGACCUGGGGGACGAGGACGUGGGUCUGGGGCCUCCUGCCCCCCGGGGGCCGCCCCCCAAGUUCCCGGAGGAGGGCGGCUUCGGCGAGGAGGAGGGCGCCGAGCAGCUGUCCUUGCCCACGACGCCAGGGCCAGCACCCAGGGAGCCCGAGAGCCACUUUGUGGGUGCUGGCGAGGCCGGAGCUCAGGGUGAGGCCAGCCGGCCGCCGAAUUCCAUGUCCAAAGCCAAGGGGCCCGAUGGCAGCCCCACAGCGCCCCCCAAGAGCGGCAGCGCAGCCAGCCCCGAGAACUACGUCCACCCCCUCACGGGGAGGCUGCUGGACCCCAGCUCCCCGCUGGCCCUGGCACUUUCCGCGAGGGACCGAGCCAUGAAGGAGUCGCAGCAGGGCGCCAAGGGGGAGGCCCCCAAGGCCGACCUCCACAAACCUCUCUACAUCGAUACCAAAAUGCGGCCCAGCAUGGAGGCAGGCUUCCCGACGGUCGCCAGGCAGAACACCCGGGGGCCCCUGAGGCGGCAGGAGACGGAGAACAAGUACGAGAGCGACCCGGGCAAAGACCGCAAGGACGACAACAAGAAGAACAUGUUGAUCAACAUCGUGGACACGUCGCAGCAGAAGUCGGCCGGGCUGCUCAUGGUUCACACGGUGGACGCUGCCAAGCCGGGCGACUUCCUGGAGGAGGAGGAAGAGAACGCCGACGUGGAGGCCCAGCCGGACAGCGCGCUGCCUGGGGUGCCAGAAGGUGUCCCCGAAACCGAAGGUGCUUUACCGAUCUCCGCUGGCCCCGAGCCCGCCGCCACCACGCCCGGCAGGAUCAUGGUGGCGGCGGGCUCCCUGGAGGAGGUGGUGAUCUUGCCAUUCCGCAUCCCGCCCCCGCCUCUGGCUUCCGUGGACCUGGACGAGGAUUUUGUCUUCACAGAACCACUGCCCCCUCCCCUGGAAUUUGCCAACAGUUUUGAUACCCCCGACGACCGCGUUGCUGCCGCCGCCCCCCUCACGGACUCGGUCAAGCAGAAAAAAAACGACGCCUCCCCGCCCCCUUCCUUGAACUCCAGCCAACCAACCAACUCCGCAGACGGUAAGAAGCCGGCCGGCCUCUCCAACUGUCUGCCCGCCUCAUUCCUGCCUCCGCCCGAGAACUUCGACACAGUCACGGACUCGGGGAUCGAGGAGGUGGACAGCCGGAGCAGCAGCGACCACCACCUCGAGACGACCAGCACCAUCUCCACGGUGUCCAGCAUCUCCACCCUGUCCUCCGAAGGGGCCGAGAGCAUGGACACCUCCACCGUCCACGCAGACGGGCAGGCGUUCGUGGUCGACAAGCCCCCCGUCCCCCCGAAGCCAAAAGUGAAGCCGGUCAUCCACAAAGGCAACGCGCUUCACCAAGACGCGCUGCUGGAAGAGGACGUGGACAGCUUUGGGGUCCCCCCGCCCGCGCCCCCGCCCCCGCCGGGCGGGGUCCAGCCCGGGCCCGGGAAGGGGAUCCAGCCAAGGACCUCCAAGCUGUGGGGUGACGUCUCCGAGAUCCGGAGCCCGAUCCUCUCGGGCCCAAAGGCAAACGUGAUCAGUGAAUUGAACUCAAUCCUGCAGCAAAUGAACCGAGAGAAAUCGGCCAAGCCAGGCGAAGCCGCGGACUCGCCCGCAGGGACCAAGCCGGCCGGCCUCGCGCCCAGAAGCCCGGAGGUCAUGAGCACCGUCUCAGGGACACGGAGCACGACGGUCACCUUCACCGUGCGCCCUGGGACCUCUCAGCCCAUCACCCUGCAGAGCCGGGACUACGAGAGCAGGACCUCAGGAACCAGACGUGCCCCGAGCCCUGUGGUGUCGCCGACGGAGAUGAACAGAGAGGUCCUGCCUGCCCCUCUGUCUGCGGCCGCCUCCGCGUCUCCCACGCUCUCCGAGGUCUUCAGCCUUCCCAGCCAGCCCCCUUCCGGGGACCUGUUCGGCCUGGCCCCGGCGGGGCGCAGCCGGUCCCCGUCUCCCUCGGUACCGCAACAGCCAAUCUCGAGUAAACCUUUUACGACUAAACCUGUCCACCUGUGGACUAAGCCCGACGUGGCCGAUUGGCUGGAGAGUCUGAACCUGGGGGAGCAUAAAGAGGCCUUCAUGGACAACGAGAUCGACGGCAGCCACCUCCCAAACCUCCAGAAGGAGGACCUGAUCGAUCUGGGGGUGACGCGUGUCGGACACAGGAUGAAUAUCGAAAGGGCUUUGAAACAGCUCCUGGACAGAUAAGGCUGCUCCUGACCCGGACAGACUUCUUGUUAUAAAUAGAGAUGGGCUUCCUUCUGCAGCGUUGGGAUGGCCGGGCAGGGUCGGUGAACGCCAGCCCCGUUCCAGGGGGUCGUCUCCUGGUGCCCACAGCAAUGCUGGACGAGCCUGCGGCGGGGCCCGGCACGGGCCUCGAAAAUCCCCAGCUCUCCUGUGGUUUCUCGGGUUGUUUCUGUCCGACGGGGGACACGGGGAGGGAGUUUUUCUAACGUGGAAAGAUUCACAGCUUGCCUCCCAGCAUGUGGCGACCUCACUCUCCAGACCCAGAGACUCCUCGUCGGCUCGGCGCAGGGCCUGGCUCACAGGCAGACCCCGGUGUACUCCGGAUACCUCCUGAGCCUCCUCCUCUGCCGGCCGGGCAGCUCACACCAGGCCCGGCACACGGCCUCCUCGGUCUGCGGCCCUCGGGCGGACUCAGUGCUCGCUCCUCUUUUCCUUUCUUUGACGCAGUGAGACGGCCCAGCCGUGUCUGUCCGGUGCCCCCGCUUGGGCUUGAAAGGUAGAGCAACUCUUUUCAUACAGAUCCCUGCCCCCCUCCGGCGCCACGCGGCCACGGCUCCUUGGCCACGAGGGCCCUGGCCGUGUCGGGAGUCUGACCAGAAUCGUGUCCGGCUUUGCUUCACUUUCUUUAUUUCUGCAGAUUGAUUAGCAUAACUCCAAAGUGGCCACCC